AUGUCAAAUCUAGUUAAAGGUCUCGCUGGUGACCUCACUGGAUCUGCAGACGUUUGUAAGAUCGUCGCAGACUUUUCUAAGUGCUUAGCAUCAGACUAUCUUCUUCCAAACGAGACUAUUGCCUUCUCUAUGGUGUCCGUCAAGGAGGAGUUUACGUUCACUAACAUGGCUUUGAUCCUGCUAGAAGGUGAGAGUGCAACCACUACUCGCAAGCUCGUGGAACGUUACGACUACAAGGAUAACAUCAUUCAAAGCGUCAAGUUUGAAAGUGCUGGACACGUCGACCGCGACUGCGAGAUCAAGUUUCUCAUAGGUAACAAAAACAUUUCGAUUGACAUUACAAAGAGUGAGCAAACGUCAGCUCGAGGAAUCUACAAAGUACUAGAGCUACUGGGUCGAGCUCAGAGCUCAAAUGAGCGUCUGUGGGAGAUAAGUACUCUGAGCAUCAAGCACGCAAGUGACUCAUUACGUUUGACUGAAAAUAGUGGUCAAACACUGCAUAAGCAAGCAGACGAAGCAACUGCGUGGCUUCAUGAUGCGUACAAGCGCACCCAUCCUCAUUGCUAUCGUGAUAUUAUUCAAAAGGCGUUUUCAGAUCUUCGACUUGUGGAUCCGGUUACUCAGUAG